AUGCAUGUCUCCGAUUCAGGAGAUCUAUCUGCACUUGCGGGCGAGCCCAUUUACUUGGAUCUGAAUCCAAUCUCUCCAGCUCCAGCCCAAUUUGACCUUGACUACCCCGGUCCUCUGCCCGUGGAUCCCGGCGCUAUUGCCUGUGCCCCUUGCGGACCGUUGCCAAUUUACCCUGUUUUGCUUACCCCUACUCCGCCGGGUGCCUCCUCGUGUAGCCCACCGAUGAUGGGUGCUUUGCUUCCCUACUCUCAACUCUUUAAUCCGCCUCCUUUGAACCUUGCUUUCACUAACCUAAAUCCUUUCAUGGCAGCCUCUUUCCCCAGUGAGCCUGUUGAGAUACCGGAGAAGAAAUCCGGUGAGGGCCUUGCUGCUUAUCGUAAAUUCAUGAACUGGAUUCACACGGUGUACUAUUCCUCGAAGUCACCCGUCGCAUUCGUGCAAGCCUGGCAACGAGCUCUCAAAGAGAUGAAGCAGGCCUGUGGGCCCCCACAUAUCCCCACUGUCUUCAUUCUCAAUCAGUUUCUUGCUGCGGUCAGUGUGAACUCUAACACCAUUCCAUGGGUUGAGUCACUCCAGUUUGAGAAAGGUUCUCUUCCGGCAUCCAUCCUAGAUGAAGCGUAUACCGAUUUUCUGGAGUUUGAGGCAUGUCGACUAGGAGGCCAACUGCUAGUCCCCGGCAACCUAGAUCCUCCCUCCCUAAACGUGGAUCAAAUUGACGGUUUCCCCAAGCAGUACUGUCCCUAUCACCAGCGCCUCACAAGGCACCCCGUUGACGAGUGUUUUCGAAACCCACAGAACACGAAGCGUAAAAGGAAGUGGAGGCGAAAGCAGGCACAAGGCGCAGCAGCUCUUGAGGCCUAG